CGGGCGUCCGAGUGCCUCCUGAAGGGGAGGGGGUGGAGGUCGCAUGUCCAGCCUCCGUUGCCGCCGCUGUCGCGUCCACUCCCAUCCCCCACCUCGUUUACGCCCUCCUCCUCAAGUUCGAAUUCUCCCAGGAGCCACUGUCAGACCUGAGGAGAAGGGCGCGCACGAGGGAGGUGCUCAGGUCAUCCCGGGUCCUCCCCGUGGGGAGCAUGGAGUAGGGGUGGCGGGAGGAGGAGGAUCAGCAGGGGCUAGGGCGCUGGAGAGUCGCCUGGACUCGUGGGAAUUUGCCCUUCCCUGCCCAGGGCCUCCCUGCAGAUGCCCUGGCCUGCUUGGUUCUGACCCCUCCCUCCUUCCCCCACCGAGGCCCCUCUGGCUGCAGGCAAACCCAGGGCCCUGCUAAAAGCCCAGGUCCUGGGCCUGAGCCUGUCACCCCAGCACUCCUGGAAGAGCAAGCCUAAGCCAAGGGACCUCUGACCCUUGGAUGGGAAACUGGGCAGGGGUUUGAACCUGGGUGAAGGUGACCCUGGGAAUUAGCACCAUGCUCCCACCUCCCAGCACGCUGGUCAGCGGGUUAGCACCGUUCUCCCAGGCUCCUCAGGGCUCAGGCCAGGUGUCAGGAAGGGGUGUGUCUGGCCACCAGAUCUUUGGAGCUUAACUAGGGGUUCACUUCCCCGCCUAUUUUGUGGACUAGGGAACUGAGGCUCAAAGGGGGGCAUCACUACCCCGGGCCUCUGGUAGAGGUAGGCCAGCUGGCUGUCCUUUCAUCCCCAGCUCUGCAGAGCUGGACUGCUGUGAGUGGAGGAAAACUAGGCAAGUGCCUUCACCCAGCAGGGAUACAGGCUCCCAGCCUGGCCCAGGAGGGACACUGGGGUGAGCACGUGCUCCCCUGCAGAGGGCUGGAGGGAGGGAAAGGCUUCCAGCGCAUCUCUGCCCCUCAGGCGGCAUAGGCAUUGCCCAUGAGAUUUUCCCUUGGUGCCUGAGGCAGGGCCCAGGAGCAGGGGAUGUGGCAGUGUGUGGCACGGGGGUGGCUGUGUGGUGUGGCAGGAAGGCCUGGUCCUGGCCCCUGGCACUGAGUUGAAACAGCCUGAUGGUCAGUCCUAACUCAGCCCUCCCCACACCUGUGGCUCAGCUGGCACAGGGGCAGCCAAGUUCAGAAUAUAAGUGGGAUCAGGACGGGCAAGGUGGGAGCCCUGUCUCCAUUGGCAGCACCCUACAGCCUUGGCAUGGGAGCAGUAUCAGAUGGGGGACACCCAAGGGGCCUAUUUCAGGCUCCUAGUGCCUUAUGAGUGUGGUCACAGCAGGAACAGGGCAAAGGCAGCAGGGCUGAGACUGGGAGGGUCGUCUUACUCCCAGGAGAGCAGGCAGUUCCCUGGAGGAUUCUGAGCCACGUCUGGGCCCCCUUGGAGCUGCUGGCAGUUUCAUUCUCCUCGGCCCCAUCCUUGAUUUAAGAUUUUUUUUCUGGUUGAUGUGACAUGCACAAGGAAGAGGACCCAGGUGUCCUGGCCCUGUGAGGCUCCCCUCACAUAGCCCCACACCCAGCCCUAACUUCCUUCCAGUCUAAGGGGUGGGACUGGGGCCUGGCACGGUUGGUUGCUUUUUUACCAACUGAGCUGUGAGGGCACACACAGGGUCCCGGGCCUUUGUAGAAAGGAGUCUGGCUUCUGGCUAGCACGAGUGCAGGGGUGUGGUUUUUCUUAUUUGGCGAGUUUGGUGCCAUCCUCCCUCUCAGAAGUGGGUGUUCUCUGUGCACUGGGUCAGGGGCCAGGAAAGACCAGGAAAUGUUCCCCUUCACCAUUGCAGGGACACCAGACCCCAAAAGGCAGAGCCACACAGAGUAGCCCAUGGAAAGGGGACAGAAUUCAGCUUUCCCCAGACAAGUAUAGGCAGGGGCUGAGGGCCCCGAUCCACAGUGUGACGUGGCUGCCCUCAAAGGGGCAGCACUGCCCAGGUCAGUUCUGGGCUCCAUCUUUUGAGGGAUUUUGAGGCCUCAACAUAUGGGCCCCAAAGAACAGAGGGGUUGCAUUUGGGAAAGAGAUGGUAGAGAUUCUCAGAUGUGUGAGCGACUGUCCUGUAUGGGAAAGGCCAUCCCAAUGGCAGAAGUGUCCCAGACAUCUGGGCUAGAGCUGGUAAGCCGCUCAGUCCCAGGGAAGCGAAUCUGAGCUCAUUGUAAGGAAACUGUGUAUGUACUAAUUUUCUUGAUUUAGAAAAUAACAGAACAGCACUCUAGAAAAUUUAGAAAAUGAAACAAAAAUCACCCACUAUUUCUUUGGUAAGCAGUGACUGUGUUAGCAUUUUGGAGUUCCCUGCCAGUCUUUUCUGAUUUUUUUCCUUCCUGGCUGUUAGCGUGUGAGCUUGCCUGCCAUGACACCUUUUUCAUUGAAGCCUGUGUCCGUGGGCAUUUGCUUACGGUGCUCCACAACCUAGGUGACUUUGCCUCUAGAAAACCAUAGACUAUUCCAAGCGGCGCUGCCUCAGCCCUCACCUGUACCCUUCACUACGGGUGUGCAUCGUCUCCCCUCUGUCAUUGUGGUUGUUACUAUGGGCCCCAAAAGCAGCUGGGGUGUUGCAGAGACAGGUAACUUGGCACCUGACCGAUACAAGUUCCAGGCUCAGCCAUGCCACUUAGGCCAGGGGUGGAGGGACCUCGGACAAGUCACUGACCUUCUGAGCCUCCUAUGUAUAAAUAACAGGAUGGUGAUUUCCUUCAGAGGCAGGUGUGAAAGUGCCUGGCACAACCCCUCUCCUGCGCUUACCCUUUAUAAUAGGGUUGGCACUGUUGAAGGAAUGCCCACUGCGGGCUGCUUCGACAUGUGGCGAAGACUUCUGAGCCAUGAGCCGAGGUCGGCUGACCACUUACCCAGCAGAGAGAUGGUCCCUGUUGAGGGAGCCCCUCUGAAACCCUCUGUCCUUGAGGUUCUGGGCUACUGUGGCCAGUGCCCUGCCCAGCCUCCCUGCCGUCCCUUCUCCUUAUCGCCACGUGAUUGGUUGGCCCAGAGCAUGGGGCUGGCCCUGGGAAUAUGGGCUGCUGGUUGCUGUCCUGACCCCACCCAUUCCUCUUCCGGUCUCCCAGCAUCAGAGCUAAGUAGACAAGGCCUCUUCUCUGAGAGCCCAGCUGCCUCCCGCCUCCCAGCUUAGUCUAGGCCAGCCCAGCCCAGCAUUUCCCCAGUGGAAAUAGAGGCCUCCUUAGCCUGCCACUUGGGCAGGGAACCCAGGCAUCCUAGGGACAGCCAUGCAAGCCACAUACUCCCACCCUUUCCCAGUAGCCAAUGAAGGGAAGAAAGCUGGGGGAGAAGGAUUCUAGAGCCUUAGAGCCUCCCAGCUGGGAGUUAGAAGGGAACAUAAAGGGUCCACAGAGUCACUGGGGAACUCUUGUGUGUUAGCACCCUCCUCCUUGGCAGGCAUUCCCCAGGCCUAACCUGAGUGUGCACUGCUGUGACACGCCUUGCUUGCUCUUGUUACACGUCUGUGGAAACCAGAAUAACUGGGAGUACCCUCCUGGAGCCACCCCUCGGGCAGUCAGAGGAAACCAGUCUCAGCUGGGCACCCGCUGGGCCUAUGAGACCAUAGCCCCAGAUGACACUAGGGCGGCCCAAGACCAGCCUAGGCUGGGGGUCCUCCCCCCAGCUGGUCCAUUCAUUAUAGAGGUCCCACAGGCAUGUGACCUCAGACUCUGGCUGCCAGACUGUUGCCUAUGGAGUGUCUCCUUCCUCCCUGGUCUUGGUGCAGGGGAAGUAGGCAUUACAACUGCCCUCCUGUCCACAGCUUGGGCUGGGAUGAGGUCACAGGGUGGAGUCCUCCCCAAGUUGCUGGCCUGGCUCUGGCGAGCACUUUGGGUGUUUCUCAGUUCCCCCCACCCUUAGCUGGGGACAAGAUGGGUGGAGGAGCAGGCCACCCCCAAGCACGGCAGGGAGCACUGCCUCUCUUCCUCCCUUCCUCCUUCCCUCUGGGUCCCUUCAUCCAGGGGCUGGAAAUAGAAUCUGCUAAGUAAUGAUUAAAGUCAAAUUCAGACCUAAAAAUAAAGAGCUGGGGAAGGAAGAGCUGGUGCUCCCGUUGUGGCUGAGGGGAGAAGCAAGCAGGGAGAGGCUGGUUUCAUGUGGCUGAGCCCCUGUUUCCCGGUAUCAGGGGUGCUCCACCAACUGAGGGGUGCUCUUUUGUCAGGCCUGAUGUGGCCCACAGUGCUCAUUAGUUAUAAACUGCACUGAUCAGGGCAGACUGGCAGGACCUGAUAGAGAAUCCCAUUUUUCCACUGGAGAAACUGAGGCUCAAAAGGGAGAAGUGGUUUGUCCAGCAGCUAUCUGGGAGCUUCCCUUAGCAGGCCCCUAGGGACUGGAGGGCCCCUGCAGCUCAGCCCGCCCUUUCUGCCUGCUCGGUUUCUCUUCCUGGUUUUGAGGUGCUGUGAUGAGGGCAGCUUCUCAUCACACACUAGCUGCGCACACCCUCCAACCGCAGCUUCCCUCCGCCUCCCCUUCCGUGGUCUGGGCCCAGAGUCGAAGGAACAAGCAGAAAAGAGGCUGCUUGGCCUGUUGGAAGCCUUAAGGAUGGGUGAAAACCUAGUGUCCUCUGACCCCUGUCCACGCUGGCUGCUGCUUCUCAGCCCUGGUCAGUGGGCACCUGGUCCUUACUCAGCCUGGUCAGUGGGCACCUGGUCCUUACUCAGCCUGGUGCGUCUGCGGCCUCUGCUGCCAGGCUGCAGGGAGACAGGAGGGGAGGAUGAAGAACAAACCCUGAGAGCUCCCCUGCUGGCCAGUGGAGGAGGCUUAGGGGAGGCCUGUGGUUCCAACUUCCUGAUGGGGCUGCUGGGGAUCUGUGUGGGCUGGAGCAUCCCAGAGGGCUUCCCGGAGGGGAGGGACCUGUGAAACUCAAGCGACAUUUGGAGAAAAGUCAUGUUGAGGGUGAGGUUCUUUGGAGCUUCUACCCUCUCUGGGGCCUGCUAGCUGUUGCCGUGUGGCCCUGGACAAGCUCUUGGCCUCUGUGUGUGAGGCCAGGGUGUGCAGGCGAGUAAGAAAUGGACACAGAUGUGCCUCUGCUUCCGGAACAGAAGAGCCAAGCUCUGGGCAGACCCAUCAGUGUCCCCGUCCGUCCACUUUCAGGGGUCAUCUGUCUGCCUAAGGAAGGGUUGAAAGAAAGGUCUCCUGACCAAUGUUCAGACAAAUCUUUGCGCUCAAGUCCCCAUUCUGCCCUGUUGGAAGCUGGGGGACCCCCUCAGAGCUUGUUUCCUCCUCUGUCAGAGAUCAGCAGUACUUGCCUCAUGGGGUGUUUUGAGGAUUAAAUAAUGCUGGGCCCCAGACUGAGUUCUGUCAGCAGGCUCUAAUUUCUGUGCUUUUGUGGGGUUUUUUUGACAGCCCAUCCUGGUGGGGGAGUGUGUUGCUAACGCCCCCUUGUCCCCACGUGGGUAGCGAGCCUGUCUGUCCUUGUGUUGGCCCUAUAGCUUUACCCUCUGAGCUGUGUGUUCCACAGGUCCCAGUUCUGAGUGGGGAGACCAGAAAUCUGAGGUCAAAGUUCUAGGCAGCUCAUGGGCCUCAGCCCUCGUCUCCCCACCUAUGACGUGACUAGGAGACUUUGGGGUAAGGGACAAGGACACUUCAUGACUUUCAAGAGGUUGUUAGAGGUUAGUGCUGAGAGGCCAUAUGUAAAUGCAGGCAAAUGAAGAUGCAAAGAGGGGGCUAGGGGAGCAGAGGCCUGGGUUAGGGCCCUGGGGAGCCCUGAGUCCCCAUUGCCCAGUGCAGGUAGGUAAUUAGGCUCCUGAGCGGUAAUUAGAAACCUUUCUGGGCCAGGAGAGACAGCCUCAAGCUGCAGCAGUGCCCCAGUGCCCGAGGAGUCUCCCCGGUAGCCUGCUCUAGCCCCAGCCCCCACCUCUCUCAAACCACUGGAUGGGAUUUCCGGUCCCACUGAGCCAUGGGGGCAGGCUCAGUGAGUUGCUGUAAUUUAGUUUUUAACAUUGUUCAGCCAUUAUACCUGGCCCUCCCCCUAGAUCAGGGGUGCUGAGGGCUGGAAGGAGCCCCGGGUGGAGUAGGGCAGCAUACACUGGAGCCAGGCAUUCUUCUAACCCUUCCUGGGACAUCUGUGCAGUAGGGGUGCUGAGGGCUCACCUGCCCGGCCCCAGCGUCAGUGGGAGCCCUCCAGCCCAGUGUGUGGCUGGGGUGUCACAGACUGUCAGCCUGGGUGCCCUCUGCAAAACCAGGGUGGGGCUGGUUUUAUUGCUGCCAAGCCAGCCCAACUGCGGGUGCAUGCGUGCCGGGCCUCCCUAGGCGCCCUGCCCUUUUGGAGGGGCGUGCCCAAUUCUGAAACUUAUUUCUGCCCUCAUCUGUACUAUGACCUGGAGGCUGGGCUCAGAGCCUCCCUUGGCCUUCUUCAGCCUUAAUUAACUCCCUCUGUGCCACAGUUCGGACUAUUAAUCCUGGCCUGCUCCAGCACACCCUUUUCCCAGGUAUUUCCCCCCCGAAAUCCUUCCAGCUCUGGUUCUCCUGCGCCUUCUUCCUGGAAGCCUUCCCAGGUGGCCCCAUCUCCAUCUCUUGAGGUCCUGAGCACACCAAGCCAUGACUGACCAUCCAGUAGCCAGAAGGACAGAAACCAGCUCUAAUGGUACCAAGUGACAAGUGGGCUUUCCUGUGACACGGGGACGCCAGAGCUGAGAAGAUGUCAGCAAUACAGGCUGCCUGGCCAUCCGGUACAGAAUGCAUUGCCAAGUACAACUUCCACGGCACCGCGGAGCAGGACCUGCCCUUCUGCAAAGGAGAUGUGCUCACCAUUGUGGCUGUCACCAAGGACCCCAACUGGUACAAAGCCAAGAACAAGGUGGGCCGUGAAGGCAUCAUCCCAGCCAACUACGUGCAGAAGCGGGAAGGUGUGAAGGCGGGUACCAAACUCAGCCUCAUGCCCUGGUUCCACGGCAAGAUCACACGGGAGCAGGCCGAGCGGCUUCUGUACCCACCAGAGACGGGCCUGUUCCUGGUGCGGGAGAGCACCAACUACCCUGGGGACUACACGCUGUGCGUGAGCUGCGAGGGCAAGGUGGAGCACUACCGCAUCAUGUACCACUCCAGCAAGCUCAGCAUCGACGAGGAGGUGUACUUCGAGAACCUCAUGCAGCUGGUGGAGCACUACACCUCAGACGCAGAUGGACUCUGUACUCGCCUCAUCAAACCAAAGGUCAUGGAGGGCACCGUGGCGGCCCAGGAUGAAUUCUACCGCAGUGGCUGGGCACUGAACAUGAAGGAACUGAAGCUGCUGCAGACCAUCGGGAAGGGGGAGUUUGGAGACGUGAUGCUAGGCGACUACCGGGGGAACAAAGUCGCCGUCAAGUGCAUUAAGAACGACGCCACCGCCCAGGCCUUCCUGGCUGAAGCGUCGGUCAUGACGCAGCUUCGGCACAGCAACCUGGUGCAGCUCCUGGGCGUGAUCGUGGAGGAGAAGGGCGGGCUCUACAUCGUCACGGAGUACAUGGCCAAGGGGAGCCUGGUGGAUUAUCUGCGGUCUCGGGGCCGGUCAGUGCUGGGCGGAGACUGUCUCCUCAAGUUCUCACUAGACGUCUGCGAGGCCAUGGAAUACCUCGAGGGCAACAACUUCGUGCACCGGGACCUGGCCGCCCGCAACGUGCUGGUCUCUGAGGACAACGUGGCCAAGGUCAGCGACUUUGGCCUCACCAAGGAGGCCUCCAGCACCCAGGACACAGGCAAACUGCCGGUCAAGUGGACAGCCCCUGAGGCCCUGAGAGAGAAGAAAUUCUCCACCAAGUCUGAUGUGUGGAGUUUCGGAAUCCUCCUCUGGGAGAUCUACUCCUUCGGGCGCGUGCCUUACCCAAGAAUCCCCUUGAAGGACGUCGUCCCUCGGGUGGAGAAGGGCUACAAGAUGGACGCCCCUGACGGCUGCCCGCCCGCAGUCUACGAGGUCAUGAAGAACUGCUGGCACCUGGACGCCGCCACGCGGCCCUCCUUCCUGCAGCUCCGCGAGCAGCUCGAGCGCAUCAGAACCCACGAGCUGCACCUGUGACCGCCGGCCCCUGCCCAGGUCGUGGCCUGCGAGGACUGAGCCUGGAAGAUCAUGGGCCUGGCGCCCUGCCUGCUGGGCCUGAGCCUGGACUGUGCCCAGCGGACUGGCGGGCUCCCUCUGUCCCGGCCUGCGCCCUCCGGCCCCUUCUCUCACAGACCCCACGCUGGGCUUGGGGAGCCCACCGAGGGGCCGGACGGGCCGGAGAGUGGGAGGCAGUGCCACCAGGUCGGGCCUCCCCAGCCUCUCAUCGCUCGCCUUCUUAGAGUUUUAUUCCUUUCCUUUUUUGAGAUUUUUUUCCGUGUGUUAUUUUUUAUUAUUUUUCAAGAUAAGGAGAAAGAAAGUACCCAGCAAAUGGGCAUUUUACAAGAAGUACGAAUCUUAUUUUUCCUGUCCUGCCCAUGAGGGUUGGGGGAUCCCUUGCCCAGCCUCGUUCCCCAUUCCAUGUUUCGUGUCCCGUGCCGCCUCGGUCGCCCGUGUUUGCGCUUGACCAUGUUGCACUGUUUGCAUGCGCCCGAGGCAGACGUCUGUCAGGGGCUUGGACUUCAUGUGCCGCUGCCACCGCCCCCCUGCCUUGUGAGACGGAAUCGUAAUAAACCACCCCAUGAGGACACUGCC